AUGCCCAACACCGGCACCGAUGUCCUCCACACUCACCUCGUGUGCCUCUUCGACGUCGAAUCCCAUCUUUCCCACCCCCAACGGGCCCAACUAGUCAACACACUCAUCUUCCUCAUCCGCAACAAAUACACCCCUCUAAUCCCGCCACCACACGACUUCAACGUCAUCCUUGUCAAAGACGACUUCGACAUGUGGCGCAUGGAUGUAACGCUCCGUGAGCAAGUGGUCAUGUUUGGCGCGCCGGUCGAGACGCGGAAGGAUGCAAUGUCGGGGCUGAGGGUGAGGAUUGAAAAGAGGGCCGCACAGGUUGUCAGGGAGAGGAGUGGUAGAGCGAGGGAGAAGGGGGCGGGCGGGAAGGAAAAUAAGACGUGGAGGCCGGGGACGGAGGAGAAAGAGAGGCAGCUGUCGUGGGUGGAGGAGGAGAUGGGGAUGAUUCGGGAGGCGAGGGUUGAGGAGGAGCGGGACGUGCAGGCUGCUGCUGAUGAUAUGCGGGCCGUAAGGGUUAGUGGAAAGGAGGAGGAUGAGCGCGAUGAAGGGCAAAAUGAAGGUGCGGAGGACAGCGGACAAAGCUGGAACGAUGCCAAUGCUAACGACGAAAUUGAAGAAGGUGAGGUCGUAGAAGCGACAGCACCUAUACGACGGAUCGGCAAGAAGAGGAAAGCGAACGCUGACAGCGACGGUCCGCGCAAGAAGGCAAAGAGCGAGCAAGAGGGAGAAAAGGCAUUGAAGGCUAGCCAUGAGUCAGAGGAGGUCUCGGGCCAUUCUGCACAGGGCGAGGAACCUAUCAAUGAGGCAGAGAAGCCUGAGCAAGCUGGCAAAAGGGGACUGAAAGGCUGGAUGGGGUCGUGGUAUCGGAGCAGGAGGAGCCCGAGCCCGGACACAUAA